AUUGGAACUUUGUGCUCUUCUCACACCUUCAAAACUCAUCAUGUCGGCAUGAAGCCCAUUGCGAAGACGUUGUUUCGGCGAAUGCGAGAUACGGACGGGAUGGGAAAUGCGUGCUGGCUGAGAGCUGGAGAACUGGAUCAGGGAUCUGACCCUGUGUUGGCUUACAGCUGGGGCCGCACCCUUCGAUUCCUGCGAGUCAAAGACGGUGACACCCCGACAUUUGUGGACGGUCAAAGAUGGGACGCACCCGACGAUAUCCGUGCACUCCAAUGGUACGAUGCGAAUCACUUAUUGGUCCAUGCCAUGUCCCUCAUCCUGCUCGACGUGCGGACCAUGACACAGGUGGAGACAAUGCCGCUGGACACGCAGCUCGUAUCGUUUCCUUCCAUUCGAGGCUUGUGCGUAUCAAACAGUCUGCGUACAUACAGAGGCAAAUUAGUUCUCCUCUCUCACUCACAACUUCUGGUCGGGACUCUCUCACACUGGAACGAUCGAGUCCUCGCAAAAGUUCAUCAAGGUGAUUUUCUUGGCGCUAUCCAUCUCGCCGUCGAUUACUUCGAGGGGCGCUCGACUGGGAAUCGUAUCGGACUUCCGGGCUCAGAAGAUGCCGCCAAGAAGGUUGUCUCCUCCAGGAUUCGAGAACUCAUUCAUGCUUCCCUGGCGUGGGCUUUUUCCGAGGAGCGUAUGCACGAUGAUACCCACUUCAGCCCCGAUGGCAGAGGUGUCGACCUCACUUCCCUCUUCGAAUCCCUCGCUAUAGCUUGCAUUGAUGCUUGUCUGUCUAUCGGUGAUCGGAAUACGCUGUUCAAUCUAGCUUACGAACGUUAUGCGGAAGCAGGCAUCCAUGGGAUCUUCCUCCGUCAGCUGGAACCAUACAUCCUCGAUGGACGGCUUAUUCACGCUCCACCCGAGGUCGUCAAAAAUUUGGUCAGCCUUCAUGCCGAAGCCUUCGAAUGGGAGCAAGCGGAAGCGAUCAUUUGGCACGUAGACCCACAUUCUCUCGACAUCGAUCAGGCAAUCACGAUCUGCGAGGAGCACCAACUGUGGGACGCUCUCGUUCACGUGUACACCAGAGCUCUCCAUGACUAUAUUGCACCACUGCAAAAGCUUGCGCCGGAGCAGCUAUUCGAAUACAUCGAGUAUACCUUAUGCGGUUGUUCAUACCCUGACGGGGCACAGCUACCAGCAGAUGAGUCUGAUGCAGCAAGAAAGUCGGUCUAUGAGUGGAUCUCCAGCAAUCUGCCCCAACUCUUACACCUGGACACCGAAGCUUUCCUUCACACUCUGGACAUCGCCUUCGAGGAUUCAUAUCUCGAUGACUCGUCAGACAUCACUCGACAGACGUUGAUCAACCAAAUGCUGGAUGUGAUGGACUCGAGCGAUUUCAAUGUCAACGACGUCACUCUAUUACAUAUUUUCGUCGCUCGUAAUCUUCCCAAAUACUCUCAAUUCCUUUUGUUCCCUCCAUCUGUCUUACAGCGUAUUCUCUUCGCGUUGUGUACCGACAACGAGCCCGAGUCUCGGGAAGAUCGACAGCUAGCUGCCGAGUUUCUCCUCUCGGCCUUCACUCCUCAGAACGCCGAUGCCAUGCUCCAACUCUACGAGUCAGCCGGCUUCUAUCGUAUUCUGGCUAUCAUAUAUCGACGGGAGCAGAGAUGGGGGGACCUCAUUGCUACAAUUGUCAAAUUGCACCCUGAAGACAUCUUCGCCGAAUUGGAUAGUUUGGUCGAGAAAAGCCCAACCACCGUCGAGAAAGUGAUACCUGAUCUGCUGAAUGUGAGCAUCACGUCGACGGCGACUCUUCUGCAAAAAGUGCCUCAACUUCAUCCCAUCGCCCUGUCUGUGCUUCCCCCCCACAAACAAAUAGCCUAUCUGUCGAGUCUCGAUCAGCUGAAACUUCCCCUACGUCACCAGUACAUAAAUCUGUUAACGGUCCACGAGCCCUCCUCCGUAAUCGGCUACAUGGAUUCUCACGGAAAGGAUAAGUUUGAUCUUUUCCAACUGAAUCAAGAUUUCCAGACCGCUCGAUUUCCAGAGGGUCAAGCGUGGGCGUUGGACAGGCAGGGUAAGCCCGGUGAGGCUUUGACUGUGAUCGAGAGUGUUCUUAGGGAGGAGGGUAUGGAUAUUGGGCAAGCUGUGGUGUCGGGAGAUCUGGGAACGGUCCACAUGGCCUUACAGUCAAUCACGUCUGCAUGUGUCAUGGGGACCCGUUUGUGCCGGGAGCGGUCUUCGGAAGCUCAAGCCGAGGAUAUGUGGUUUGGGAUUCUCAACGAGAUGGUGGAGCUGGUGCAAUCGUUGAGCUCUUUGAGCGUGCGAGCGUCGGAAGGAGGAAGCAUUGCUGUGGAUACCUUGCGACAACUCAUUCAGGAUACUCUGUCAGCCUUGGUUUCAUCCCGCUCCCCGUCAUUGUCUUUUCCACGACUCUUCAAACGACUCGUAGAUUCGACACCUACUACCAAACGAUCGUAUGCCGAAUUUCGUUCUAUUCUGAGUGGCAUGUUGGACUCGUAUCGAACCGAAGGAGAGAUGUUGACGAUGACGACUCGGUUAUUGGAGGGUGACCUGUUUGUUUCGGUACAUGAAUUGGUGGUCAAGCGUCAGGCGGGAUGGAGGCCUUUUGACGGGUUCUGUGACGAGUGUGGGCUCAAGUUGGAAGGGGAUGUGAUGCUCAGUCCCGAGAGGGCGUAUCAUCGGUCGUGUCAAAAGAUCACAAUACCAUCAUAGCAUGUUCAAUAUCUGCACUAUGUCAUCUCUAUUUG